AAAAGGCCUUCUACUCUCAGGCAUCAGAUCUUGGCAUUCAGAUGGCCAGAGAUUUUUGUGCCGAAACUUAUGAUGUUGAGGGAGCUCAACAAGCUAAAGAUGUUGGUGUUGCAGGACAAGCAGACAGACCUAAUAAUGCCCGUGAUGGGGAAGACCAGAAUGGGACAAAAGAUGUCCCUCCAAAAGUUGGUGAAUCAGACACUGCUAUCACUGUUUCCCCAUCUCUAGCUUCUGCUAAAGGGAAAAAGCAGAAGGGGAAAAAUUCUCAAGUAUCUGGCCCAUCUUCCCCUUCAGCAAGUCCAUAUAAUUCUACAGAUUCAUCUAAUGAACCAGGUUGCAGCUCCGGGGCUCUGUCGGCUGAUACUGCUUUUUCCCAAUUGCUGGCCAUGCAGGAUGUGCUUGAGCAGUUAGUGAGCAUGCAAAGGGAAAUGCAGAAGCAGAUGAAUGCAAUUGUCUCUGCUCCAGUUAACAAAGAAGGAAAAAGACUGGAGGUAUCCUUGGGCAGGAGCAUUGAGAAGGUUGUUAAGGCCAACACGGAUGCUUUGUGGGCUCGUUUCCAAGAUGAAAAUGCAAAACAUGAGAAGUUAGAGAGAGACCGUACACAGCAGAUUUCAAAUUUGAUCACCAACUGUAUAAAUAAGGACUUGCCAGCCAUGUUCGAGAAAUCCUUAAAGAAGGAAAUAUCUGCAGUUGGCCCUGUUGUAGCUCGUGCUAUUACUCCCACACUGGAGAAAAGUAUAUCUUCUGCUAUUACAGAGUCAUUCCAGAAAGGAGUAGGAGAGAGGGCAGUGAAUCAACUGGAGAAGUCAGUUAGUUCAAAACUUGAAGCGACAGUGGCCAGGCAAAUCCAAGCACAAUUUCAAACUUCUGGAAAGCAAGCACUUCAGGAUGCAUUGAGGUCUAGCUUGGAAUCCUCCAUUAUUCCUGCUUUUGAGAUGUCAUGCAAAUCUAUGUUCGAGCAAAUUGAUGUCACAUUUCAGAAAGGGCUAAUAAAACAUACAACUGCUGCUCAGCAGCAGUUUGAGAAUUCCCAUUCUUCCCUUACUGUUGCUCUACGGGAUGCUAUUAAUUCAGCAACUUCAAUCACACAGACCUUAAGUGGAGAAUUGGCUGAUGGGCAACGUAAACUUCUAGCUAUUGCAGCUGCAGGUGCCAACUCCAAGGCAGGAAAUCCCUUGGUGACACAGUUGAGUAAUGGACCAUUGGGUCAUCUGCAUGAGAUGCAGCCAGAGGCACAUGUGGAUCCAACGAAAGAACUCUCAAGACUGAUAGCUGAGCGGAAAUAUGAUGAAGCCUUCACUGCAGCCCUGCACAGAAGUGAUGUCUCAAUAGUUUCGUGGUUGUGUUCUCAGGUUGAUCUACAAGGGAUUUUGUCAAUGAAACAAUGCCCGCUGAGCCAAGGAGUUUUGCUGGCUCUUUUCCAGCAACUAGCUUGUGAUAUCAAUAAGGAAACGUCUAGAAAGCUGGCAUGGAUGACUGAUGUAGCUGUUGCCAUAAACCCCUCAGAUCCAAUGAUUGCCGUGCAUGUGCUACCCAUCUUUAGGCAGGUCUCUCAGAUAGUGGACCAUCUACGAAGCUUGCCCAGUACAUCUGCAUCAGAAUCCGCCAGCAUCCGUGUUCUUAUGUUUGUCAUAAACAGUGUGUUGGGCUGUAAAUGAUCAUUGCCUCCUGCCCCCUUUGUCUCAAUAUAUUGUGCAAAUUUGUAAGAACAUUUUGUUUUGUAUAGAAAUCUAGGAACUUCCAUUGAAAAGACGAGCGGGAUUAUUUCCUAAAUUCAGUUUGUAUGGUCACAAUUUGUGUGAAAUAGAUAAGUUUUUAAUGGUC